UGUUAAGGGAAGUGGGACCGAAGGGAAGUGACAACUUCGGGCUGAGCCAGGCCAGAAGGACCCAGCGUUAUGGAGGCUCCGGCGGCGACCUCGCCCGCGAUGGGGUUUCCCGCCGACGGCAGAUGCAGCUACUUCGUGGAGAAGAAGAAGCGCUUCUGCAGGAUGGUGGCGGCGGCGGGGAAAAGGUUCUGUGGCGAGCACGCCGGCUCCGCCGAGGAAGAAAAUACUCGGAAAAGAAUCUUGUGUCCUUUAGAUCCAAAACACACAGUAUAUGAAGACCAACUAACAAAACAUUUGAAAAAAUGUAACUCAAGAGAGAAACCUAAGCCUGAUUUCUUUAUUCAAGAUAUAAAUGCAGGAUUAAAGGAUGAAACAGAAAUUCCUGAGCAAUUAGUUCCAUUUUCUUCUCUAUCCGAAGAGCAGUUGGAAAACUUAAUUAAGAAAUUGAGAAAAGCAAGUGAAGGCUUGAAUUCUACACAUGAAGAUCACAUUAUGUCCCAUCCAGCAUUACAUGAUGCCCUUAAUGACCCAAGAAAUGGCGAUAGUGCAGUCAAACACCUGAAACAGCAGGCUUCUAUUGUAGGUAACAUUGAAAAGUUAAAGUUACUUGGUCCAAGAAGAUGCUUUGUUGAGUUUGGAGCAGGAAAGGGGAAAUUAUCUCACUGGGUUGAUAUUGCCUUAAAAGAUGCUGAAAACGUUCACUUCAUCCUGGUAGAAAAAGUGACCACAAGAUUCAAGGUAGAUGGUAAACACAGAAAAAAGAACUCAGUGUUUGAGAGACUUCAAAUUGAUAUCCAGCACUUGUGUUUGAACAGGAUUCCUGUGCUAAGAGAAGGAAGACUGCCUGUGGUAGGAAUUGGGAAGCACCUGUGUGGCGUUGCAACAGAUCUUGCAUUACGAUGUUUGGUUGAAACCUACGCUGCCAGUUUUGAGGAAAAGGAUAAAGAACCUUUAGCCAAACGCAUAAAGAAUGAUAAAACAGAAAAAGAAAGUAACACUUUGGCCAAGGAAGGAAGUGAAAAAGAUGUCCCAGAGACAUGGACCCCUGUGGCUGGCAUUGUGAUUGCGCUCUGUUGUCACCACAGGUGUGACUGGAGACACUAUGUGGGCAAAGAGUAUUUCAAGGCUCUUGGACUUGGGGCAGUGGAGUUCUACUAUUUCCAGAGAAUGAGUAGUUGGGCAACGUGUGGGAUGAGGACAUCUUUGGAAACCUUGGAUGUUACUCCAGAGAGAAAAGAUGCUCAAAGAGAUGAGAAUGAAGAGCAUGAUGAUGGAGGAGACAGACUCACAGAUGGCAGCACUGACAGUUUGCCUGGGGUUCUUACUGUUGAAGAAAAGAAGAAAAUAGGACAUCUUUGCAAACUGCUGAUUGACCAAGGCAGACUCCAGUAUUUACAGCAGAAAGGCUUCAGUCCUGCCUUACAGUACUACACGGACCCAUUGGUGUCUCUGGAAAACGUAUUAUUAACUGCUGUACCAGCUCAUCCAUCAUCGCAGGAAAAAAAUCAUCAAUGAAAGGAAACAUGAACAUGAUGUUUGUCUUCCACAAACAAAAAAAAUUAAAUUAUUUUUUAAAUUAUAUUUUGAUAUUCACAAAAAUAUUCAC